AUGGCUCGACUACUUGCCGAGGACGUUAACCUUGUGCCGAAGAGGGUUAGAGUGGAGGUUCGACCGGCAUUGAGUUUUUCAGAUGAGGAUAAGGUCGGAACCAUACAGCCACAUGAUGAUGCUUUAGUGAUCAUGCUCAGGAUAGGAGGAUACGAUGUGAAGAGAGUGAUGGUAGACCAAGACAGUGGCAUAAAGGUUAUGUUCCCUGAUCUAUACAAGGGGCUAAACCUGAAACUUGAGGAUUUGACAGCAUACGAUUCACCUCUGAGAAGUUUCGAUGGGAAAGUUGUCAUCCUAAAGGGUCAGACCAGACUACCCAUACAAGCAAGAUCAGAGGUGGUGGAGGUGAACUUUAUUGUGGUGGACGCCUAUUCACCCUACACAGCCAUCGUGGGAAGACCCUGGCUUUAUGCCCUGGGGGCUGUUUCCUCCACUCUGCACCUGAAAGUGAAAUACCUAGCCGGGGACUGGGUCGAAGAGCUCGUUGGGAGUCAAUCCAUGGCUGUGCAGUGCUUGGUGGCCACCAUUUUGCAUCAACCUAGGGUUGAGCCCUCGGUCUUCACUGAGAGGAGCUCAUAG